CAAUGCAAUUGCUAAUUGUCUUAUUUUUUGUGUUAAUCGGAAGCGAUGCCUCGGAAAAGGACGCCUUGAAAUACAAAUUAUUAAGAAAUUAUGAUAAAACGAAGAAACCUGUUGAUAACGAUCAUGAUAUUGUAUUAGUAAAUGUAACACUUGUGAUAAAAAACAUAAUUGAAUUUGACAUAUUGAAUGGUGUAGCGACAAGUGAUCUGAUUUUCGGACUACAAUGGAACGAUAUGAAUCUUCAGUGGGACGAAUCGGUAAACAAUAUUAGUUACAUAAGUUUUGCACUAAAAUAUAUAUGGCACCCUACCAUAAACAUGUGUAACGGCGUAAUGGAUAGAUUCAAAAUUGACGAGGACACAGAAAUCUUUUUGCAACCUAGCGGAAACGUUUUCUUGUUUAUAAACAGAAAUUUCCAAACUUAUUGCCGGAUUAAUGUUAAUAAAUAUCCCUUUGAUGAACACGAAUGUGAUAUUUUAGUUUGUUUCAAUCACCAAAUAUUUAUGGUUGCAGCUAUCAGUGAAUUUAAUCAUUUUGCGCAGUUAGAAUCCACAUCCAGUCAAUGGGAUUUUAGGUUGGAAUUGAGUGAACGUAAAAGAAAGCCCAGCGCAGCGGCUGGUGUUGUAGCUCACGCCAAAAGAAAAGUUACUAGCGCCACAAUAACAAAAAUAAUACCCCCAGUAAUGCUAACAAUAUUGAUACUCUCUGUUCAUUUUUUACCACCUGAAUCUGGAGAAAAGGUUUCAGUUGCAAUUACCGUGUUCCUUGCAAAUAUUGUAUUUCUUUCUGAAACUGAGAAAAUAUUGGGUAAUAAGUCUCGUGAAGCAUCUAUGUAUCUAAUAUAUCUCCUGAUUCUGACAUUUGUGAGCGGAGUCUCUACUGUCGUUUCAGUUGCUAUAUCUAAACUCUAUGCACAUCCGAGGGGUACCAACAUAGAAUCAUCACCAGAAAUAACACAACAAUCAAGCUAUUCGAAGAAUAAAAUUGGGAUUAUAGAAUGUGCAAAUGAGCAAACUGUAAAAACAAAAUCUAAUAAUUAUUUUAAGAAAUGUUUUCUAAGCCACCAGAAACUUGAUAAAAUAUUUUUCUUACUAAUUAUUAUAUUCUUACUACUCUAUAUUAUAAUUGCUUUAUCAGCCUCUUCUGAGAAAUAA